AGAAUCCGCUGUAGAUUUGUCUCCAGAUUCGGGAGGGUCUACGAACAGAAUAAAAGAUCGGAGACCGACACGGCGUCAGGACUCAAUUAGUUACCGUCAGGCAAUGAACUUUUCAAGAUGCUUAAAUGUUACUAGUGAUCCUGGACCAUCCAGACAAGGUGCGUUACCACGGAAUGAAUCAAGACAAGCUGGUAAGCGACCAUUAAGAGCUCUUACACCUCAAGAAAAAAUAGAUGCUAUUAAUCGUGUGCAUAAUGGCGAAUCUAAAGCCGCUGUCGCACGCGAUAUCGGCGUACCCGAAUCGACCCUGCGCGGUUGGUGUAAGGCUGAGCAAAAGAUUUUAACACAAUUGAAUAACAUGAAGGCGUCGGGAACAUCACUGUCAGGAACACCACUGGCAGGUUAUGAACACAUUCUGACGUCAAGUUCAGAUAACAGUAACAAUAGUGGAGCAUGUUCUUCGUCGCGAUCAACCCCAACCGCUCAAGCUACGAUAUUAGGAUUAGGAUCAGCUACCAACCUUACAGAGAAAGUUGAGGAGUUUGAAACCGGUCCGCCCCAUAAACGACUGAAAAUUGACAAUACAUCAGCUAACAUCUCAACAUCAGCUCGAGCGAUGACAUCGAGUGACCCCAUAUUCCACCCAUACCUAUAUAAUAUGAUGUCGGCUGAUCCGAACAGUACUUUAGCUAUGUUAAGCACAUUAUUGAAACCAGAAACACUCCUUUCUUUUUCUGGAUACGCGCCUGCUGCAACUCUUCUUACGGAUAGUCUGCUGACCAGGAACAACGGCACAGUGACCAAUAUGGCAUUAACAAACAUGAGGCAACAACAACAUCUACAACAACAGCAGCAGCAACAACAACAUCAAUCGCAACAGCAAAUCAACGCUACAACAAAUACGCUACUUAACGAAAAUAAAAAAAAGUCUAGCGUACAAGGUCAUUCAACAUUCCAAAAAUCGUUGAGGACGGAGUGUAAUCGAUCACCGAACGUGGAAAAGUCGUCCGGAAGCUCGAUCUCUCAACCGAACAAUCAAAUCAUGGACAAUCAAAUGCCAUCAACAUCAACGAACAGCAGUGAGGCAGUCGUAAGCGUACCCCAAUGUAGAACUGUAAGAAACGGUAGAACUCUUAAUAGUAUAGUAGAUAGUCUUACACCUUCACAUCUUAAAUCAUCUUCUACGAAUAAAGUAGACUCGCUAUGUGAUGCUGUAAAUAAUAAUGAUGCUGUAAAUAAUAAUGAUAAGGAUGACAUAGAUAAUGAGACCGCGAGAGAAAAUUAUCCUCCUGUGCCACCGGAGUGUAAUGACAUGGUGGAGCAUUGCGCCAAAUUGUUGAAAUGGUUGAGCAAUCAUGGUCAACCUGUUUGUACGUAUAAACAGUUGAAUAAUAUGCAGAGUCUUUUAUCACGGCUAAAAGAUUGGGUUGAGAAAAGUACAAAGAGAGAAUCCCUCCGAAAAAUCAACGGUACGAGCUAG